UAUCAGAUCGAUGCUGCCUGUCGCGCAUUUCUGAGCUUGGUAGCUUAGCUCGCUAGCUUAUCCGCUAGCUGUUUCUGGGAUAGGGGGAUUUGUUUUCUAAUUUCGCCGGGGGCUCAAAGUGGCUCGUCGCAGCUCAUUAUACGGUGGGAUUAUUUAUCGCCCAGCGCGCAGUGAAAUAAGCGAAAACAGCGAGAAUGUUGGUCCCAUGUGGAAGAUGAUGAAGAGGCGGUUGGGCGCUGUGCUACUGUGCCUGAUUGUAGUUUGUGUAUGUGGGUGCAGUGAUGGUGAUGUCCCCUGUGCAGAAGAGGUCCCCCGUGUGCCGGGGCCGUCUCCGCAGGCCAGCGGCUCGCCGCUGGAGUCAGGGAGCAGCCUGGAUGAUAAGGAGGACACGGCCCAGGGCGCGGAUGCACGCUCAUCCUAUGAGGUGGGGCUGGCUGCGGAGCGUCAAGCAGCCCUAGGGGAGGCGCUGUUGCAGGAUUCCUCACACAAGGACCAGGUGAUGGUUGUUGAUUCUGAGGAACCAGCAACAGACGACAAAACGGAAAAAAAUUCGGACCCUGAGGGGAUCCUGGUGCUUGGAUACGAUGCUGCCCCGGAGGGGGCUCCUGUCUCUGCCGACGACGUGGCUGAAGAUGGCUGGGACGCCUCUGGGAGGCUGUCCUCGCAAGCCCUCCCUGCGACUCCCGCUAGCCUAUCAGAGGGUCCCCCUGGUGAUGCUCCGGUGGCUGGCCUGUCUGACCCCGAGCAGCCAGCCUCGGACUGCGAGCCGGGGGAGCCGCCCCUGUUUGAUGGCGGGCUGCCCAGCCUUCCCGUGGGUCACACGGAGAAUGCCUCUAGUGGCCACAGGAUGGUGAGGCAGACUAAAGCCGACGUGGGCGGCUUGCUGGGGCCUGCGGAUGAGCAAGCGACGGGGCUGGACCUCAGUGAGAACACGUCCCAUGUAAUGAGGGACCAGGGCGUCGACACUCCCAGUGGCAAGGAGGACCCAUCCAUCCCUGGCAAAGACCAUGGGGACAUCCCCACCUUUGACGAGUGGAAGAAGAAGAUGAUGGAGGUGGAGAAGGAGAAAAGCCAGUCUGCCCACUCGUCAUCCUCCAAUGGCAGCCCUGUCGUCAUGAAGAAGGUGCAGAACUUUAAUAACUAUGCAUCGGUGGAAUGUGGGGCCAAAAUCCUGGCAGCGAACACUGAGGCCAAGAGCACCUCGGCGAUUCUCAUGGAGAACAUGGACCUCUACAUGCUCAACCCCUGCAGCAACAAGAUCUGGUUUGUCAUCGAGCUGUGCGAACCCAUCCAGGUGAAGCAGCUGGACAUCGCCAACUUUGAGCUGUUCUCUUCCACGCCCAAGGACUUCCUGGUGUCCAUCAGCGACCGGUACCCGACCAAUAAGUGGAUGAAACUGGGCACCUUCCACGCCCAGGACAAACGCACGGUGCAGAGCUUCCCGCUGGACGAGCAGCUCUACGCCAAAUAUGUCAAGACGUUCAUCAAGUACAUCAAGGUGGAACUGCUGUCCCAUUUUGGGUCUGAACAUUUCUGCCCCCUCAGCCUGAUCAGGGUGUUUGGGACCAGCAUGGUAGAGGAAUACGAGGAGAUUUCUGAGUCGCAGUUCCCCUCCGACCGAUCCGAGGAUCUGGAUGAGGAUUAUGAUUUCCUUCCCGGCUACGUACCCGUGGAUGACAAAUCCUCCAAGAACCUCAUCGACUCUGCCACAGAUGCCAUCCUGAAUAUGGUGAACAACCUUGCGGUCAACGUGUUGGGGGGCAACGGCGCUCAGGAUGGAAACGUGUCUGCGGAGGCUGUGAAUGUGACUGAAGAUUCCUCUGUGACAGAGACCCUGCUCAGCCUCCCCCCCACCUCCGUCCCAGAGAAUGAGACUGUGCAUCCGGACUUGCCGGAUACUCCAGAAGAACCAGGGCCCCCCGUGCCAGAAGAGAGUCCGAUUGUGGUCCUUGUGGAGGAUGAGGAGGACGAAGAAGAAUGUGACCGGGUAACUGUGACUGCAGUGGCGCCUGAUGAGGAGGGGGAGCCCUUGACCUCAGGGGGGGCUGAUCCCAGGCAGCUGGAGAGCAACGCCCUCUGCAAGGAGCUCUCUGGGAUCUCCUGCCGUGCCACCUUUCUGGAGUACCUCCGCCUGUGGUGCUCCGUCAGUCUGGGCCGGAGACGUAGGCGUCAGGGUGACAUCCACACCCCACCGACUCAGCAUCUGGACCGCGCCGUGCAACUGCUUCCUGAGGAAGAAGCCACCUCCACCCGUGAGGAGAUUCCCGGGCAGACAGAGGUCCCCCACGGCCCGACCCAUAUGGCCGAGACUCCAGCCCUGGAGCCCAGCCAGUCCCCAUCUCCUCUGCUACAAGGCUUCAUCGCCACAACCGGGACCAUUGGCACCUCUUCAGUUGAGAUGCCUAUGUCCUCAAGCGAGGAGCUCCUGGAGAAGGGGGCUAUGUCCUUGAGGGGAGGUGCUGAGGAGCAGCAGGAGAGCCGGACUCUUGACACCAGCAGUGAGGUCAGUGUCUCCAUCCGCAGCUUCUCAGAGGAACCCAGGGCUGACACUGAGCACGGAGGCACCACCACACCCACUCAAGUCCUCCCUCCUGAGACCCCCCUGGCCACGGAGGUGCCAGCUCCUCCAGGAGAUCCAGAUGGAGGCCAGGCUGUACCUGGGGAGGCCCCGAAAGGGGCAGACUCAGCAGAGUCCCCAGAGCCGCAUCAGAUGCUCCCAGACAAACAGGAAGAGUCCCUGGAGGACCUCCUCAGUGUUACCUCCAGCAACGGGCAGGUCCACCGGACCGCCACAGACUUUUACGCCGAGCAGAACUUCUCCGAUCUGGCCAAUGGGAACCAUGUGCAUGGAUCCAACCAGAAGGAGUCUGUCUUCAUGAGGCUGAGCAACCGCAUUAAAGCCUUGGAGAUGAACAUGUCCCUCAGCGGACGCUACCUGGAGGAACUCAGCCAGAGGUAUAAGAAGCAGAUGGACGACAUGCAGAAAGCCUUCAACACCACCAUCAUCAAACUUCAGAAUACCUCAAAAAUGGCGGAGGAACAGGACCACAAGCAGACCGAGUCCAUCCAGCUUCUGCAGGUCCAGCUGCACAACAUCACCGAGCUGCUCUUCAACCUGUCAGCCACGGUUCACAGCCUGCAGAGGGAGGCCUCCAGCCGACAGACCUACCUGCUGCUCAGCCUGCUUCUCUGCAUCUCCCUUGGGGUGCUGCUCUGCAUCCAGUGCUGUAGAGUCGCUGCUCCUCCGUUCCCGGAGCCUGACGGCAACGGCAUCUACUGGAGCCCUAAGAGGUGUUUCUCCUCAUAUGAUGACAUGAGCCUGUUGCGGAAGGUCCCCCGUCCCCUGGUGCGGUCCCGGUCGCUCCAGUUUUCCCCAGUUCCAGCUGACACAGAGCCUCUCAAGCGCCCUCCUGAGCACAGAAAGAAGAAGCUCCACACCACGAAGGUAGAGGGGGUGGAGACCCUGCGGCCAUCGAUCCCGGCCUCCGCGCUGCCCAAUGGGGCCGCACACCACAGCAGGCUUCCGCGCAGCUUCCUGCGUGCCCCGGGGGCAGUGGACCCCACCUCCGAGGGCUCCUCCGAGGGCUCCUCCCACUCCGAGGAGUCCUACUUCUGCGGGAUCUCAGCCUCGGCCUGCAGCCGCCUCUGCAAUGGGCAGCCUCCCGCCAGAGGCAGGCCCGAGAGGCGGGGCUACAGACGGAGGCGCUCUAGACUGGCCGACACCUUGGCCACACCCCCAGGCGCACAGAGGGGGGGCCUUGCUGGGUUCCGGGUGCCGGCCCUUUCGGGACCUGUCUGACUGAUGAUUCCCCCCCCCCUGCAGACUUCACAUUCCCCUGUCUGAGCUGCAGAGAUGUGACUGGACAGAAUGGGGAGCGUACCAAUACCAGGGGAGAAGAGGGGUGGACUGAGACGUCCACCUUCAACAAUCCCUCUUACUUUAUGUGCCUUCUCCUUCAGACCCCCCUGUCUUUUUUCCCCUCCUCCCAGACCAACAGCCCAAUCGAAUCUGAAGCCUUGGGUGGGGCUUUAAUCCCAGGACAUGCUCCUUUUAACCCGCCUGUCCUCUCUCUCAUUUUUAAAAUGAACACCAUCUACUGCACUUAACAAAUUACUUGUCAUAAACCCCCCAUGGUAUAAUACCCACCCCGCAACAGGCUUGCAGUAGUUUUAUGACAUUGCUGGGACACCCCCCCCCCCCCCCCCAAAAAGAAAAAAAAAAACGACUUCCCCCACAACAUGCAGAUCUGUGUACGCAGCAUUUUGAAUCCACCUCUUGCUGUGGUGCCUGAGCCUCUAACUACUAACUGACAUCCCCAUGCUGGGGCCAUUUUUGCCUCAAUGGCUCCCCCCUGUGUCAGAAGUUUGAAACACCACAGGAAAAAAAUCUGUUUACUGACAAAGUAUGCAAAUAUAAAAAGGCAUUGAUUGCAGCCAGCUACGCUUAUCUCAGGACGACGUUGUACAUUUCAGUGGCUGCAUGAAGCAGUUCAGUAAUAAUACAAAUCAUUAAGUUUGUUUUUGUUGGUUUCUAGUGGAACAGGGGUAUUUAACUGCAAAAAUGCUUAAUUUCAACCCAUUUCUUUUUUUUCCCCUAAACCCAGCCUUUAAAUCCACUUUUCGAUAACUCUUCCAUGAAUGUGCAUUCCGUAGGACAGAUCACCUGCACAUCUGGCACAGACUGAGCUGGAUCUCUGGUCUGUGCUUUACGGUUCGGAGUUGAUUCAGAUUUAUUUAUAUUUAAACUGUUUCUGUUAACUCUGACAUUCCAAGCAGAUCGAAUAACCUGCAGAAGUCGCUCAUUGCUGGAGAAUCUCUCUUUCCUUACCAUGGAUUUAUGACUGAACAUCCAGGUCGACACUGUAGUUUUCCCACUGUCAGUCUCUGUACGCCUCAUUCCAGUCUGUCAUCUUCACAAAAAUUCCCCGGUCAUUCUAUGUACAUCAUCUGCUAGAUAUCAUUCUUCAGCGUUAAUUUAUUUUUCAUGGGCAGCUGUGUAAAUUCAAGUCCAGCUAUUAUAGAGGGGUGAAGAGAAUCACCUCUGUCCAAAAUGUACGCAGGCGGUUCUUGUGUAGUGUUUUUUAUUUUUAACACCAAAGGGAGCAUGGGAUUUUAUAGCAGCGAUGUUUAUAAGACAUAAAAACAGGACAUCUGCUUAGAGCAGGGAGAUUAUCAGAAUUUACCUUCAGAGGUAGAAAUAUUUGCGUACGUGGGUGGCAAAUGCAACAUAAAGUUUUUUAAUAGGGUAAAUAUUUUUAAGUAUGCUUAGGAUGUGCAUUCUAACAAAUGGAUAGAAAUUGCGUUAUUUAAAAAGUUUAUCAGCCGUCAGUGAGCACUUUUAAAACUUGUCUUCAUUUUGUGUACAUAUUUCCUGUGACCGCCCAAGUUUUCGUUAAGCUUAUGCGCCGCUGAGAGGCGGAGCUGUGGUUUAGGGUCUGUGGAAAGACAUCCUGUUUAGCAACACUGUCCAGUACUACUGACAUGGGAGAAACUGUAAAUACAGUGAUGUAGUGCGUUAGAAACUGUGAAAUUUCUAAAUAAACACUUUCUUCCGGUUC